CCCACUCCGGAUAAAUAAAGCGCGUUUCGUUUCGUGAAGAUUUGUCUCGCUUUGUCAUUUCUCUCAUUCUAGCUCAUAGUUAGGGACGCUCAAAARCUACUCUGCAGAAGAGUCCUGACCGACGAGGAGCCUGAGGCAAGCGUCAACCGGAAGGAGUAAUUCACAAAGUGAUAGUGUUCCGGGUCUGACCAGCUGAACGGUAGAGGGUCACGGAAGGUUCCGCCUCAGUAAGGAAACUUAAWGCCUUCUUUUCUUAUUCUUAGGUGCUGAAAUGAAUCGUCACCUGUGUGUUUGGCUUUUUAGACAUUCAUCUCUUAAUGCUUAUCCCCAGCAUCACAUACACCUGCAUUCUCAUCAGUUUAGACAAAUACAUCUGUCUACAAAGCCAUUUAGACAAAAUAGGAAUCACAUUCGCCAUCGUCUGUUAAGUAAGAAUUGGUCCAGGAGUUAUUGUCAUCAGGAUACCAGGAUGCUCUGGAAGCAUAAAGCACUACAGAAAUAUGUGGAAGACUUAAAUAAGGAGUAUCAAGCACUUGGUCAGUGUUUGCAGGAUAAAUCUUUGAAUGAAAGGGACCAAAAGUCCUUGAACCAAAGGCAUGCUGAGUUGGCACCACUUGCAGCCAUUUGCCAAGAAAUUCAGGAGGCUGAACAAACAAUUAAAGAAUUAGAAUCAAUGUGUGAAAGUCUAAAUAAACAAGAUGAGAAGCAGUUACAAGAACUUGCAUUGGAAGAAAGGCAAAUCAUUGAUCAAAAAAUCAACAUGCUGUACAGUGAGCUUUUUCAGAGUCUAGUGCCAAAAGAGAAAUACGACCAAAAUGAUGUUAUUUUAGAGGUGACAUCUGGAAGAACUACUGGAGGUGAUAUCUGUCAGCAAUUUACCCGAGAAAUAUUUGACAUGUACCAGAAUUAUUCGAACUAUAAACACUGGAAAUUUGAACUUGUGAAUUAUACACCAGCAGAUUAUGGUGGACUACAUCACGCAGCUGCUCGAAUUUCUGGUGAAAAUGUCUUUAAGCAUUUGAAGUAUGAAGGUGGAAUUCACAGAGUCCAGCGAAUCCCUGAGGUGGGGCUGUCAUCAAGAAUGCAGCGUAUUCACACAGGAACAAUGUCAGUCAUUGUCCUUCCUCAGCCAGAUGAGGUAGAUGUGAAAGUUGACCCCAAGGAUUUGCGAAUAGAUACAUUUCGAGCCAAAGGAGCAGGAGGGCAGCAUGUUAAUACAACAGACAGUGCUGUUAGACUUGUCCACAUCCCCACAGGGCUAGUAGUAGAAUGCCAACAGGAACGAUCACAGCUGAAAAAUAAAGAAAUAGCUUUGCGUGUGUUGAGAGCCCGACUCUACCAGCAGAUUAUUGAGAAGGACAGGUGUCAACAACAAAGUGCUAGAAAACUGCAGGUGGGAACAAGAGCCCAAUCAGAGAGAAUUCGGACAUAUAAUUUCACACAGGAUAGAGUCACUGACCACAGGAUAGCAUAUGAAGUUCGUGACAUUAAGGGAUUUUUAUGUGGUGAGAAAAGCCUGGAUCAACUAAUUCAGAGACUACUUCAAUCAGCAGAUGAAGAAGCCAUUGUUGAACUUUUGGAUGAAAACCUUAAAUCAGCAAAAUAAAUAUUUGUUUAUUCUUUAUUAGCAUAUCAACAGAAUGGUCCUAUAUCAAGAAUCAGACUGAGUAUGUAUAUGAUGUCAAAAUACAUUCUACUCUCAUGUAUAACUAUAAAGAACAAAUAGAAAAAAAUUAUGUAAGUCAAAAAAAAGAGUCAGUCAGGAACUGAGGCAUAGGAAUCUUUAUGAAUAUUCAUAGAAUACAGCUAUAAGUACAUAGUACUUAUAGAUUUUUUUUUAAUGAAUCAGUCACAUUUAUUGACUUUAAAGGUUUAAGUUUUAAUAAACAACCUGAAUUUCCAAGUAGAAAAUAAGCUGUUAUUGAAAAGAGAAAGAGCGGUGUGCUCACCUAGCGUGUGCAMGGUCCUGGUUUCGAUCCUCAACACCACAUAGAAAUAAAUAAACAAAGUAAAGGUAUUGUGUACAACUAAAGAAUAAAUUUUAAAAAAGAGAAAGAGUAUUGAGAACUGAUGUGUAAUAUAAGACAGGUCACUUGUUCUCUCAUGCCUUUUCUUAAACAAAACAACCAGACCUUUUUCAUCUACCACAAGAAAAUGUAAAAUUUAGUGAUAUCAGAUUUAUACAUUAUUUGUAAACUCUUUUUUAAAGACAAAGUAUUGUUAAUUAUGUCAAAAUUAGGACUUAGACUGCUACUUUUCAAUAAAAAUGGUGAAGAAUAUGAGUCACUCAGCAUCAAUGAGCAUCUCUAGGAUACAGAUUAUGCCCUAGCUUUUGAUUGCUAAAUGAAUUCUAUAUUGUAUGAACUAGAGGCCAAUAUUCAACAUAGACUUUUUGCUUGCUUGUAUUUCUUAUUGUCCUUUGGGUCAMCUUAAUAAGCAUCAACAGAUGUAAUAUGAGUAACUCAUUGUGAUCUAUUUCAUGCAGUGAUAUAUAAAACCCAAUGCUUACCUUAAAGAGAUUUUUGUUGGAUGAGAUAAUUAAACUUCUAACAGCCACUGCAGUACAUUUAGCUCCAUAGAGACAGCACAGGGCAAAUGAGAGGCAGACUGAUACCAUGUGACUCUGUGCCUCA